GGGUCUAGUACGGGAAGGGAGGGAGGGCAAGGGGGAAGUGGGCCAAUCGGGCCACGGGUCACGGCGCAGGCGCGCUCGGCAGGGAGGGCUAUGUUAAUGUUGUUGAUAUCUUGGGGCCACCCGAGUUAAAAGAGGUAGGGGUAAAAUCUUGGGGUCACCGGAGCUGCCACGACGAGUCUGGGUUGAGGCGGGAGCCCUCCUGCAGCUGCUGCCCCAGGGAGAGGCGCCAGCCCCCGCCGCGGUGAGGGGGCUCGGUGGACCUGGGGAGCACAGCCCGCCUCUGCCCAUGAGGCCCUGAUGGAAAACACAAAGGAUCUGACUGAGCAUUCUACACAUUCCGAAAGGAAGCGGCGAGAUUCAUUCGGGAUGUUUGACGGUUAUGAUAGCUGCAGUGAGGACACCAGUAGCAGCUCCAGCUCUGAUGAAAGUGAAGAAGAAGUUGCUCCCUUACCCUCUAGUCUCCCGAUUAUUAAGAAUAAUGGACAAGUCUACACGUAUCCAGAUGGUAAAUCUGGCAUGGCCACAUGUGAGAUGUGCGGAAUGGUUGGAGUACGAGAUGCUUUUUAUUCUAAAACAAAGCGUUUCUGCAGUGUUUCAUGUUCAAGAAGUUACUCCUCAAACUCCAAGAAGGCAAGCAUUUUGGCAAGACUUCAGGUAACGGGUAAACCUCCCACUAAGAAAGCAAAAGUUCUUCAGAAGCAGCCUUUGGUGGCGAAGCUAGCGGCUUAUGCCCAGUACCAAGCCACCCUACAGAGCCAGGCCAAGACAAAGUCAGCAGUCUCGUUGGAAGGCUUCAGCUGGGGUAAUUACAUCAACAGCAAUAGCUUUAUAGCUGCUCCAGUGACCUGUUUUAAGCAUGCACCCAUGGGGACCUGCUGGGGUGAUAUCUCAGAAAAUGUGAGGGUGGAAGUUCCCAAUACAGACUGCAGCCUACCUACCAAAGUCUUCUGGAUAGCUGGAAUUGUGAAAUUAGCAGGUUAUAAUGCCCUUUUAAGAUAUGAAGGGUUUGAAAGUGACUCCAGCCUAGACUUUUGGUGCAACAUAUGUGGGUCUGAUAUCCAUCCAGUUGGUUGGUGUGCAGCCAGUGGGAAACCUCUUGUUCCUCCUCGGACCAUUCAACACAAGUACACAAACUGGAAAGCUUUUCUAGUCAAACGACUUACUGGUGCCAAAACACUUCCCCCUGACUUCUCUCAAAAGGUGUCAGAAAGUAUGCAGUAUCCUUUCAAGCCUUCCAUGAGGGUAGAAGUGGUUGAUAAGACACAUCUGUGUCGAACACGGGUCGCAAUUGUCGAAAGUGUAAUUGGAGGAAGAUUAAGAUUAGUGUAUGAAGAAAGUGAAGACAAAACAGAUGACUUCUGGUGCCACAUGUAUAGUCCAUUGAUUCAUCAUAUUGGUUGGUCUCGAAGUAUAGGUCAUAGAUUCAAAAGAUCUGAUAUUACUAAGAAACAGGAUGGACAUUUUGAUACACCACCACAUUUAUUUGCUAAGGUAAAAGAAGUAGACCAGAGUGGGGAAUGGUACAAGGAAGGAAUGAAAUUGGAAGCUAUAGAUCCUCUAAAUCUAUCUGCAAUAUGUGUUGCAACCAUUAGAAAGGUGCUAGCAGAUGGAUUCCUUAUGAUUGGGAUUGAUGGAUCAGAAGCAGCAGAUGGAUCUGACUGGUUUUGUUAUCAUGCAACCUCCCCUUCUAUUUUCCCUGUUGGUUUCUGUGAAAUUAACAUGAUUGAAUUAACUCCACCCAGAGGUUAUACAAAACUUCCUUUCAAAUGGUUUGACUACCUCAGGGAAACUGGCUCCAUAGCAGCACCAGUCAAGUUGUUUAAUAAGGAUGUUCCAAAUCAUGGCUUUCGUGUAGGAAUGAAAUUAGAAGCUGUAGACCUCAUGGAACCACGCUUAGUGUGUGUAGCCACAGUAACUCGAAUUAUUCAUCGUCUGUUGAGGAUCCAUUUUGAUGGUUGGGAAGAAGAGUAUGAUCAGUGGGUAGACUGUGAGUCCCCUGACCUCUAUCCUGUUGGAUGGUGCCAAUUAACUGGAUAUCAGCUGCAGCCUCCAGCACCACAGACAUCAAGAGAGAGCCAGUCAGGUUCAUCGAAGCAGAAGAAGAAGGCUAAGUCACAGCAAUACAAAGGACACAAGAAAAAAAGGAAGAUGCCAGUUGGGAAGAAGCCUGUCAGUUUGUCGAGCCUGCCCAUGACAGGCGGGGUGCGGAGGAGCCUCUCUGGUGACGAAGAGUUGACUCCUCCUCCAUAUCGAACCCUUCCAGCACAGACAGCCCCGGAGGCCUUCCCACCUCCCAGCACUAGCCGAGAGUUCAGUCCCAGCCUCAAAACAGGUAAUUAGUCACAUCAGCACCUCAGGUACUGCAGAUGGUAAUUUUACUGGGUAGGGUGGUGGGAGACAAAGCAUGGUCUGGCAUGAAAGAUGCUGACUCAUUAAUUUUUUUUUUCUUUUCAAUUAAGAAAUUCAUUUUCAUUAGUGCUUGGUAGUUAUUUCACUAGAUAAAUCAUAUGGAAAGGAUUUUUGUUUUGUUUUAACCACUUUAGAGCUUUAGAUCAGUGUAGAGCCACAAUGUCAAAUAAUUAAACUAAAAGAUAACCAGGAUUUUUUAAUGUAAUUAUACUUUAUAGUUUCAUUCAAAAACUACAGAACAUUUUACAUUGUGGAUUUCUGUUGGAUUCGAAUUCCUGCAAAAGUGGGAUGUAUUAAAAAAUAUCUGAUUACCCAAGGCCAAAGGUAAAGAUUCAUUUAACAAACCCAUAGCAUUUCAUAACAUCACAUUGACUGGGAAAGGAGCUCUCUCAUGAGACUGGAGUGUAUUUUUGGUGCUGAUAAUAGUUUAGACCAGUGAGAAAGAACUGUCAGACUUGGAGGAGAGAUGGUAUUUUCAAAGUCAGCUUUGAAGUUGACUGCUGAACUUAGCUAUAUUGCAUUUCUGUAAUUGUAUAUCUUUGUGCCUUCACAAGCUCCAGCAGUUAAAUAAGUACAUGGCAUUUGGUACGAGUUUAAUUCUUAUAGGCCAAGAUCAUGCCUAAAGCAUGUAAGCUUUAAAGGAUGUAAAGCUUGGAGGAUAAGUGCUGAGAAGGUUUGUCUUUCCUUUAAUUGGUAAGACCUGACACAAGGUAAUUAUUGAGUACUGAAGAAUGAGUUGCCUUAACGAAAUAUGAUGGAAUUGAGUCUUAUAAGUCUAGGUUAGAUGCUCAAAAUCCAGAUAUUUGGUUAGAUUGGAAUCUGUACAUCUAUGCAGUUAUGUUUAGACUACAAUACUUUGUACUUAUUUUAAAUAUCACUUCUCUGCUGAGAGCCUAGAUGUAUGGGACUUAGUACCUGGCUCUGAAUCCUUUUCAUUCCUUAUUUUGCUAACAUUUGUGGAAAUGAAAACUUCGGUGGCAUUUGCCUUACUAUAAACAUCCCAAAUGUUUUUUGUAGAAUAGGCAUGCAUCUCAUCCCACUUCCAUUGUUUGUAUAGUUUCCUUUUCAUUCCCUCUAAAAAUUAGAACAAGAUUUUCUUGCCAUUUAGAAGAAUUUCUGUGGCCUACUUUGCAUCCAUGAGAACUUUAAGUCCAGCAUUAUCUGUCUUGCCUAGCAGAAGAGGAAGCCUUCUAAAUGUCGUUCUAUUGUGUUUUUGACAUUUUAGGCCCACUAGCUCCCUAAAGUUAUUUGUUUUGUGAUACAUUAUUAGUAUCCGGAAUGGUCUUUGACCUUGUAAGUUUGAAGCUUUUUUGAAAAUAAUUAGCAUUUUGAGAGUUUUUUUUUUAAACACUGAUGAUUUUCCCUAUCUGUCUCAUUACAUUGGCCCAGGGGGUCUGAAUUUGGCUUCUGGAUUUGUAACAACCCUUAAGUAUUAAAAAUGAGUGCUUCUGGGUAAACCAUGUGGCCUAGCAAGAGUGUUUUCACCCCAAUUCCUGCAGCAAUAUAUAUAUACUAGAAAUAUGUAUAGAGCUGUAGCUGUAUCUAUAGAUACAGUAGCCAUAGAGCUAUGAGCCUGUGCUUUGUGGCUUUGUGUAAUCUUGAGUGGCUCUGCUUUUUUAACUGAAUAUUGUGGUUUAAUAACAUCUCUUACAAGAAUUUAUAACUAUGGGCUGUGUGGUAAAAUGUGAUUUAGUUUUUUAGUUCUUGCAGUGUUAGGGAUUUAGUGUCAGGGUAAUGUUAGAACUGCCUCUUUUAAAGUUUACAAAGCUUCAUUAAGCUAUGAAAGUUGCUUUAGCGUCUUGGGAAUUAAGGUUAGGAGCUGAGGAAGAAAAACAAGCCAUGAAAACAGACUAAUAGAUUUUUAUUCCAGGUAGAUGAAAUAUAUAUGUUGAACUAGGCUCCACUUAAGUGAAUGUGUCAUCAUUGUCUCCAGCUACUUUUUUAAGCAUAUCAUUUUCAUGUUUAGAGAAGAUAGGAGAAUGAAAACUAAAAGUUUGUUGUCGUCUGCAAGUGUAGGUAACAUCAGGACAUACUGUGGAUGUUCCACUUAUCUUUCUUAUAUUUGAAACAUCAGUCUGAAUGUAACUUAGGUUCCAGUAACACUUUUCUCAUUCAUUUGGUCAUCAUAUAAAAAAAAUUCUUUUAAUCGACCUUUUAAUGUGGGUACUGCACCUUUAAUGAAACUUGGCCAUUUUUUAUUUUCAUUGGGCUUUAUUUUCAUAUACUCAAGAUGCUCUUUGAAUGUUUCUUUUAUUUGGGUGAUAGAUUUGAAGGUUAACAAUUGAACACUUAUUGUCACUAUCCAUAAUACCACUCAUAUCUUCAGUGAUGCUUUUUAAGACAAGAGGGAAAGAAAAAACACAUGAGAACUGGUUUCAUUUACCUUUCAUCUGUUUGUGUUUGAGAAUUCUUUGGGUAACUAUAAGUACACUCCCUUCCUGCCCAUUAACCUCCAAGAACAUGAGCAUUGUUACAAAACAAAUAACAAAAAGCAAAGGAAUUAAAUAGAAACAUCUUCUAAAAGAUUAUUUUCUAAUCAGUUAGUAAAAAGUCAGAGAUGAUUGUUAUUUCACAAUCAAAAUCAAGGAAUUAAAUAUACUUAAUUGACCUCUUUUUCUGUAUUGAAUGAUUUGAUGAAUCUAUUGGAUUCUUGCAUUCUGGAAAACCAGAAUUAGUUCUUACAGGACAAGUUUACCUGUACAAAUUUAUUUUCUUAGAUUUUUUUAGUAUAGGCAGUUUUUUACUUAUGAAUGACAAAGCUAAAAGUGAUACAUAUGCACAAGUAGACACAUAUACAGCCUCUCUGAUUGCCGUGAAAUAUAUCAUGAACAAGCUUGGAAUUUUUAGAAAAGCUGUGGCUUCAAAAGAAUAAAGGAAGUUUUUAAAAGUAGAAAUGGCCUAGAGAAACUGCCCUGGAGGAAGAAGUCCCAAACAUAGUUGCCCUGUCGAUGACUACCCAACCCUUGGAAUAACUGACCAUGCUGCCUGAACUUUUUAUUUCAUUUUUACUCCUAAAAUGCCAGUGAUGAAAAUGAAUUUGAGUUAGCAAGCAGCUGCUUUUUUAAGCUACUAUGGGAAAACUGAAAGGUGAUGGUAUUGAGAGUUCCAUAAAGAUUGCUUCUUGCUAUACUUAGGAAUGGGAGGCUUCAUUGGGGGAUGGAAAAGGGAGGAGGCUGGAGUUGUGGGAACAUGGACUACUUUGGGGACAAAGGUAAAACACACGUGCAGAAACAGAAUCCACCCUAGAGUGUGAUGGUCAGCCACACUAUAGAGGAAAAGCACUGGAUCAGAAGCUUUUAGAAAGACCAUAACCCUAGAACAGGAAGGGACCCUUAAGGGCCAUCUGGAUCUUGAAGGGAAAACACGGAAGCCCUAAGGUAAAGUGACCUGCCUAAGGUCACAAAGGAGGUAGAAUAAGGGACAGACUCCCAACUUCAAUUCCACAGCCCACCUCUGCCUCCAAUCUUCAUGGACAUCAAAAGCCUGGAAAUUCAGACCUCAGCUCUGCCAUUUACUGGCUUAUGAUUUGGGACAAGUCACUUCCAUUCUCUAGGUCUCAGUAUCUUCAUCUAUAAAAUGAGGGAGCUGAACUAGAUGAUUUGUAAGUCCCCUUCUAGCUCUUAAUAUAUGAUCUCCAAGAGUCUUAUCUUAAUUCUACAAUAUUAAUCAAAGGCAGACAUUACUUUUGCAAAUUUUGCUUUGCCUAGGCCAAUUCUGCCUAGAAAAUGGAAGAGCAAACUCUUCUCCUUCCUUCUUGCUUGUCCCCUUUCCCUCUUUUUUUGUCUCCAUCCCAUACCUUGGGGGCUUUCUGCUCUCAAAAUACAGAACUCAGGCAAGUACUAUAUCUGCUGUGUUAUGUGUUAAAUGAGCAUUUAUGAGCUGGCCUGGAAACAAUUUGACCUUCUUUUAUAAAAACAACCACUGCCUUGUUAGAGACUGAUUUAAAAUUAAAAGAUCAUUAAUCAGUUUCUGCCCAAAAACAUUUCACUGAAGAAAAAAGGCCUUGUUUUAAGACAUCAGUUUCACACUCCUAAUUUUCAUAUUAUUGAUGCCCACCAGUGAUCUUUCUGGAAGUCUUAGGUAGUUGUACAUAUUUAGAAAUGGACAUUAAGUUUUAACCCAUUUUAUUAUGACCCAGGAAAUAAAUGUUCAUUAAAGUUCCCCCAGGGAAUAUUAUAAAUACAAAAUAAAGCCUAUUUAAUGUUUUUAAUCACCAAAAUGUAAUCAUCAAACAUUAUUAGAACAUUAACUUCAUAAUUCUUGUUUCAUUCAUCCUCAAGGUUAAAUAUAGACUCUCAUCAUUCAGUAAGCAUUUGUUGUAUGAGAUAAGUGCUUAUUGAAUGAAUAGCUUUGCACAUGAUUAUCAUCCAUAUAACAAACACUGUGGUGUUAUACUCGCCAUGGAAAGUGCUCUCUGAGAAACACCAGAUGUCUGUCUUUCAUAUUUGCACGGCUUUUCACUAUCUGCUAAUCUGCUUUAUCAUCUUUGUUGCUGUAAGCACCUUGAUGCUCAUAUUCACAGUUUAGUAUUUUUUAAGUUACUCAAGGGAUGAAGAAGGCUCCUUAUCUAUACAGUUGGCUAGAUUGGAGGAUAAAGGACAUGACUGUAUUAGGUAUGUAUGUCUCCUUUUUCUUUUUCUUU